AUGCCCGAAACUUGGACCAACCUGCUUCCAGUGCGGUCAGAUUGGUCAUCUGAAGAAGGCCUGCCCACAAAUUGCCUCGAUCACAACACAGGCAGGUCACCCCCUUCCAUGCCUAUGAUUCAAAGACUCCCUCUAAUUCGAGAGAUCCAGCUGCAUCAUCAGGUCAAAAUACCGGAAAUGCGGCCUUUGAUUCAGGGACUCGUGCACAAGCUGUACAGAAGAGAGAUUAAGGACCAUCUAAUUGAUCACUUGCCAUAUCCUUCCAUCAUUGAUGCCGUUGGCGGUGAAAAUUGUUUCACCCAAAUGGCAUUGAAUUCGAUCGAGCCUCGUGUCCUCGCUCUCCAAGGCAAGAUGGUCACGGUGGAAAUGCUAGAGAGGAUUUGUACAUCUCAGAUGCAAGAGCCUGAUCCGUGGCCACAUUUUGAUGGUGGCUAUUGCGACUUUAUCACUGAUCGCCGAGACGAGGGGUACUGGCGCGGUUAUGUCGGACAGGCAUCAAUUCUGGCCACUCGCAUUUCUCAGCAUUGCAGUGCAAUUCGGACGGGGAGAAACGAUACCCUACACUAUCAUAUUGUGACAAGCCCUUCAGCUGCAGGCUACCGGUACAGCAACUUCAUUCGUCUUUGGGUCAUAAGAUUUCCUGUUUCUACCGAAGCUGCGACGAAAGAAGCAUUCCAAAAUAUCCUGGAGAUGUCAUUCACUCGGGUAUUUCAAACUCUUGCCCCCUCUGUUCUUGAGCAAUACUUUGGUCCCUGCCCAGAAGGGUCCUACUCAACUCUUGGCCUUAACAUUGUUCCCCCACUGACGCAAGGAAGAGAACUUUCGCCUAGGGUUCGGGGGGAAUUUACAAAACUUCUUGAGAACUCCUCCGACCUUGAAAUCCGUGGGUGGCCAGGAACCCGAGCGCAACAGAAACACCGGCCUCGCACCUCGGCAAAGAUCUUGAUGGAUACCCAAAAACGCCCAAGGCUGACUGCAGAGGAUAACAUUUUGGCUCUUUUUAAUGCUGUACAGCGUACGCGGGAGCUUGCAAAAAUGAAUAUGUGGCCCUCGUGUCACAAGGAAACAAUCCCUUGGGUACCGCUUGAAAACAACAACCAGCCCCUGGACCUAAGAGCUUGGUUCGAGAACACCUCGAACCGAAUCAUGGGCAUUCCUUGUUUCAACAACGAUUUAGCAGCCCCGGUAGGCACCACGGAAGCCUCCGUUGGUAUCUUGAUGGAUAGCGUUCCGAGUCACACCUAUGGCGAGAUAUCCCUCCCUUGGGGUUUAAGGGAAAGUGGCUUCACAGAAACAAACUCCUUGAUAUGGGUUGCCAAUUUUCAGAAAUACAAGCUUGUGCCUGGGUCAUUCCAAGUCAGCAUGACACCCGAAGCCGCCACAAACCUCUUUACGGAGGUUGCUCAGGAGUUAAUUGCAAGGAGUUCUCUGCGUCUCAUUCUUCUCUGUGGAAGGCUCGCAGAGAAAUUAUCUCUUACGGAGCAGGACCUUCAGAAUAACUUUACUCUUGACCUCCAAGGUGUCAGCUACGAAUGCUGGCUGAGACUUAAGAAUAAUGCAAUCGAGCGCAUUUUCGUGAGAUCGCCCGCCCCGCUCAUCAAGCUAUGGUCAAACAAAGGCUCUGCGGCCGUGAAAAUAAGUACCUUGUUCAGGUUCGUGUCCGCAGUCUCGCAGAUCAAACUCUCCACAUCGUUCUAUGAGAGUGCACUCACAGUAGCACUGGUGAUUCGUGGGUGGGAUGACGAGAGAUCUGGAAGAAUCAACCCACUCAGCCCAGAGCUAGAGAAGAUCAAUUUGACUUUGAGGAUAUGGUUAGGGAGAUCCGGGUUCCAGGAAGAUGAUGACCUCCGUUCUCUUUCAGAAAGCGCAGGAGGGUCGUUGAGGCUUGGUAUGCUGAUUCUCCUGUUAAUUGCACCAAGGUUUUUAGGCAUCCAAGGAUUGAGAAAGAUCCCACAGUCAAAGUUCAAGCAGAGGGGUGUGAUUCCCCCUGAUACAAUCCAAAGAGUCCGCCUAUUAAAGGAAAAGAUCCAAGAGGGACUAACAUCAGUGCAUCAGUCUGGAGGGGGUCAGGUUUCUAUAGCCUCGCAUACCUCAGCAUUGACGGAGGAAACAUUGUUGAUGGACGGAGAUCUUAUGGCGGAUGUUCUUGAGCAUGAUAGUAUCGCAACAUCCCAAUCCGACACAGAGGAGCAGAUACCAACCAUCGAUCAGCAACCGAAAAAGAAACCUGAGAUCACUGAGAUCAAUCGAAUGGCAUUCCGGAAAGGCCUUCAGCUUCUCAUAGGAUACCAUUUCAAGGGACACGAAACCAGAAAGGGGGAAGUCAGCACCUAUCAGUUCAACGUCCAACACACAACUUUCCGAGUCCACCGAGCGCCUCCAAAUCAUACAUUGUUCUUUCUCAGAGCUGAGAUAGCGCCCAUUGGUGAAAGACACCCCCAGGCCUAUGCCACCGAGGCUUCGGAAAAUGACCCGGGUAUUCGAUUUGGGUUCCGAGUUUCUCUCCGUGACAAUGAGGGAGAAGAGUCAUUUGUGGGCUAUGCAAAUAGUUCUACGUGGCAAGCUAUCGCAAUUGCAAAUUCAUUCGUGGAUGGCUUAGAUGGUGACUCAUUUGAAGAGAUAUGCCGUCGCAAAAGACGAUUUGUCUAUGUUGAUAAAAGGCUCAAGAACGUGUCACCGGAGUUGCAGUUGUUCAUGAACGGAGCUUACAGGGACGACCAAAACAAUGUAGUGAGGUAUAACAGUGCUUUCCCUAAGGAGUCGAAGCCGACAGAGCAGACCUGCUGA